AUGACUAUAAAUACAAUUGCAAUUCAUUAUUAUUUAAUAUCAUCAAAUCAACAACAACAACAACAACAACAACAAUCAACUAAAUAUUCAAGUUAUCUUUUAAACACACCAAAUACUUUAAUUAUUAAAAUGCUUUUCAAAACAUUAUCCAAUAUGUCAUCGAUCAACCAAUUCUCAUCAUCGAUUGGUCAACAACAAUCACAAUCAAUGAAUUCAUAUGAUAAUAAUAAUAAUAAUAAUGGAUCACAUCAAUCAAUGAUGAAUAUCAAUCAAACAUCAGCAUUCUCUCGUCCAUAUUGGUGCAAGUGCAAUUUAAAAUUCACCGAGACGAAUUUAAAUGCAAUCUUGGAAUCGACCAUACCAAAUCACUAA